AUGAAAAUAAAUGGCAGCCGACUGACGAACAGUUCUUCACUAGCUCCUUACGAGGUCACGCUGAAUCGCCCUCCAUGGGUUUCCACAACUUUGGGAAGCGUUCUGAUAUUCACCAUCGUUGUUGAUAUCUUGGGUAACCUCCUGGUCAUUUUCUCCGUCUACAGAAAUAAGAAACUAAGAAACGCAGGGAACAUAUUUGUCGUGAGCCUGGCCGUGGCUGACUUGGUGGUGGCAUUUUAUCCCUAUCCCCUUGUCCUGGUUUCCAUUUUCCACAAUGGAUGGAAUCUGGGCUUCGUUCACUGCCAGAUCAGUGGAUUCCUGAUGGGACUCAGCGUCAUCGGAUCGAUUUUCAACAUAACUGGCAUCGCCAUCAACCGAUACUGUUACAUAUGCCACAGCCUGAAGUACGACAAGCUUUACAGCGACAAAAACUCUCUCUGCUACGUCCUCCUCAUUUGGAUACUGACUAUAGUCGCUAUCGUGCCAAACUUUUACGUGGGGUCUCUUCAGUACGACCCCAGGGUUUACUCUUGCACGUUUGCACAGUCGGCCAGUUCGGCCUACACCAUCGCCGUGGUCUUCUUCCACUUCAUACUUCCAAUCAUGAUUGUCACCUACUGCUAUCUUAGGAUAUGGAUCCUCGUCAUCCAGGUGAGAAGACGCGUCAAGCCGGAGUUCCGCCCCAAACUCACGCCGCACGACGUGAGGAACUUCGUCACCAUGUUCGUGGUGUUUGUUCUCUUCGCCGUGUGUUGGGCGCCGCUCAAUUUCAUUGGCCUCGCUGUUGCCAUGGAUCCCGCGCGGGUUGCGCCACUUAUCCCGGAGUGGUUUUUUGUAUCGAGUUACUUCAUGGCCUAUUUCAACAGUUGCCUUAAUGCCAUCGUCUAUGGACUGCUCAACCAGAACUUUAGAAGAGAGUACAAAAAAAUCAUCGUCUCACUUUGCACUGCUCGAAUAUUCUUCCCCGACAGCUCUAAUGAUGCUGCAGAUAGGAUCAAAAGCAAGCCAUCCCCUUUAAUGACAAACAACAACCAAGUUAAAGUAGACUCUGUGUGA